AUGGCACCUCUCAUCGUCGACAUCCAUACCCAUGUCUAUCCUCCCUCCUACAUGCAGAUGCUUCGAGCGCGCAAGACGGUACCUUAUGUCCACGAUCCCGCCGACAAUGCGACCCCGCGGCUCAUCAUCCUCUCCUCGGACGACGAUGCUUCCAUCCCAAUCGACCAGCGCGGCCGACCCGUGGACUCGUCCUACUACGACAUCGACGUCAAAUUGGCUUUCAUGCGUCGUCACGGAAUCAACAGCAGCGUGAUCUCCCUCGCCAACCCCUGGUUGGAUUUUCUCGAGCCAGACGAAGCGCAGACAUGGGCGGAGCGCAUCAACGACGACCUGGAGGCCACCUGCGCACGCGUGAACCGUGCCGUGGAUCCCGAGAACACGCUGCAGUUGCACGAAAAGGAAACCCUAUUCGCUUUUGGCGCGCUCCCGCUCAGUGCCCCCAGCGCGGAUGUGGUCGUCCGGGAGAUUGAGAGACUAAAGACCUUGCCCCAUCUGCGAGGAGUGAUCAUGGGUACGACCGGGCUGGGGAAGGGCCUGGAUGACGGUCGAUUGGAUCCUGUCUGGAAGGCGUUGCAGGAUACCGACUCUCUGUUGUUCUUGCAUCCACACUAUGGACUCCCAGAUGAGGCCUUUGGGGGGCCCGAGGCGAUGAAUCGCUACGGUCAUGUCCUGCCCUUAGCCCUUGGCUUCCCCCUGGAGACCACGAUCGCCGUGACCCGGAUGUUGUUGGCUGGGGUGUUUGAUCGCUUCCCGGGGCUGAAGAUCCUGCUGGCGCACUCUGGAGGCACAUUGCCUUUCCUUGCUGGGAGAAUCGAGAGUUGUAUCCUGCAUGAGCGCAAAUUUAUUGCCAACGGAGGCGACGUUCCCGGUCCGCAAAGAAGUGUUUGGGACGUCCUCAACACCAACAUCUACCUGGAUGCAGUCGUCUAUGGUACUGCAGGCUUGAAAGCCGCGGUGACUGCAGCUGGCGGUGCGGACCGUCUACUCUUCGGGACUGAUCACCCAUUCUUCCCUCCGCUGGGUAAAGAUGACAAGGAGUGGCCUAGUGUAACGACGAACUAUAAGGCCAUCCAUACUGCAUUUGACGGAGAAACCGAGACUGUUGCAGGGGUCUUGGGAGAGAACGCGGCCCGCAUCUUGAAGUUGAAAUGA